AUGGCCGAUGUCGAUAUGACGGAUGCGCCCGGCACUGCCGUCGCCAAGAAGGCCGCCGACGGCGAGAGCAGGCCGGUGGACGCGAAGAAGCGCUUCGAAGUCAAGAAGUGGAAUGCUGUUGCCUUGUGGGCAUGGGACAUUGUCGUCGACAACUGCGCUAUCUGCAGAAACCACAUCAUGGACCUCUGCAUCGAGUGUCAGGCAAACCAAGCCUCUGCAACGAGUGAGGAGUGCACUGUGGCCUGGGGUAUCUGCAACGUAUGUUUUCUCAUGCAUUCCACUUCCAUUGUAUCUCACGUUGGCUCAAGGCCCGACAAGUCUGCCCGCUGGACAACCGCGACUGGGAGUUCCAGAAGUAUGGGCGCUGAGAUGGCGCAAGGCAAUGGUGCGAGGAUCUCGGUCGAUGGAUACGCAGCAUUAUGUGUCAUGGCUACGCAGAAUGAGGAUACAAUAAGUGAUACUCUCCUGACGAGCGAGGACUGCGUCCAGCUGGCGGAAACAGCUAGCCAGAGAGGCCCUCUGGGGUGGGCACAAUUACAGAUGCAGGAAUAUACAUCACAAUGA